AUGGGUCCUCAUGGACCGGGAGGCCCAGGGUGGGGCCCACCUGGAGGAGGCCCUGCAGGCUGGGGGCCGCUGCCUGGUGGACUGCCUGGUGGACCUGGUUUCUGGGGACCUGGCUUUGGAGGCUUCAUGGGAUCUUGCUUCUACGCUCUCUGCUGCUGCUGCUUGCUGCAGGACUGCUGCCCGCCGUUCCUCGGACACCCCGGCCCCGGCGGGCCGCCGCCCUUCUGA